UGCUGCUGUUUAUGUGUAGAUGAAGGACACUUCACAUAAAAACUCAGACCUCAUGGACAUGUGAUCAAAAGAUUGUGUUUUAAACCUGGGCGGACGGUAAAUGUUUUAAGUGCACUGAAGGAAAAUGCUCGUCAGUAAUCGGUUAUCUUUGAUUCUGCUCAUUUUCUGUGGUGUGUUUGGUGCGGAGACAGAUGAAAUCAAGACGAUAUCAGUGAAGACGGGAGAUUCUGUAGUAUUACAUACUGGUGUUUGUGAGAUUAACAGAGAAAAGCAGAUACUGUGGCUGUUUGGAGCUGAGGAUCCAGAUACUCUCAUUGCUGAAAUCUACAAGCUGAGCAUCUCUAUAUAUGACACUUAUGAGGGACUUAAAGACAGACUGCAGAUGGACCAGCAGACGGGAUCUCUCACCAUCAGAAACAUCACAACCAGUCACUCUGGACUUUAUACGGCACAGAUUAUGAACUCAAUGACCACAUUUAAAAGAUUCAGUGUUAUGGUUUAUGAUGGAGGGUUUUCUUCUGCAGUGAUGUGUUCAGCUGAGAAUGGACCAGAAGUCUCUCUGUCAUGGUUUAAAGGGAGAGAACGACUGAAUCAGACCAGCAGUCCUGACCUCAGCGUCACUCUGUCUCUCCCGCUGGAGAUAAAAGACAGAAAUAAUGACGUCUUUCAUUGUGUGGCUGCUAAUCCAGUCAGCAACAAGACAACACAAUUCAGCUUCCAGGAACACUGUCCGCUAAAUACAGAUUCCAGUCACUCCUGUGGUUUUACUGAAGCUGUGAUCCGAUUGGUCAUCUCUGCUCUGGUGGGCGUGGCUACUGUUGCUAUGCUGUUUUAUGAUGUCAGAUCUUGAAAGAAGUAGACAACAGUCCCUAAAUGUCCCAGUGAAAUAUAAAGUAAAUAAACAUGUCACAGUAUCUGAAGUCAUAUUUCUAUGCUUUUUUGAUGAUUUGUGGAUGUGAUUCAAUUGUGAAUUAAAAUUGUACAGGACAGUAUAGACAUCAUUAAA